AUGUAUCAUAGUCCUUCGAGAAAAAGUUAACAGAUCCUUUGGGUCCUCCCUCCUCUCUAUCUAUCUAUUUUUUUUUUCUUGUUAAAAUCGGACAUCCUCAAUCUCUGUCUCAAAUUCGACAUAGCUAAAAUCAUCUUCUUGCUCUCUCGAAUUACAGGAAAACAAAACCCUAGUUUCUUCUCUCUCUCUCUCUGUCUGUCUGCAUCAUAUCUUUUCUUUUCUUUUUCUUCUUUGGCAUGUGCAAAGCUAUCAACAUGUGUUUUGAUUGAAAGCUAAGUUUCCAAUUCCGAAACAGAAGAGAUUGAAAGUGUGUAUGUCAAGACAAGCCACCAAACUACAAGAAAACACACACCGUGUUGUUCCUUAAAGACCCAGCAAGCAGAUAAUCUCUUCUUCUUCUUCUUCUUCUUCUUCUUUUUCUGACAUUUUCUCCCCUUUUUGUUUUCUGGUGAUUUGGGGGUUAUCGUUUAACCCUUUACUGCAAAUGUGUGGGCUCGCAUUUGGUGAAGUGCGGUCAUUAUUUCUAGGGAUUUUGUUUUAGUGGUUUUGCUUUUCUGGUAAAGCCUUUAAAGAAACAACUCUCUCAAUGGCUUUGUUUAGAAAGUUCUUCUACAAAAAGCCUCCUGAAGGGUUAGUGGAGAUCUCUGAGAGGGUUUACGUCUUUGAUUGCUGCUUAACCACGGAUAUGUUGGAAGAAGAAGAGUACAGAGUCUAUGUGGGACGCAUAAUGAGCCAGCUAAGAGAACAGUUCCCUGGUGCAUCCUUCAUGGUCUUUAACUUCCGGGACGGAGAAAGCAGAAGCCUGAUGGAGAGCGCGCUCUCUGAGUACGACAUGACAAUCAUGGACUAUCCUCGUCACUACGAAGGCUGCCCUUUGCUUACAAUGGAAACGGUUCAUCACUUCCUCAAAUCAAGCGAGAACUGGUUACUCUUGAACCAACAGAACAUCUUGUUGUCCCACUGCGAGCGUGGUGGCUGGCCGGUUCUAGCUUUUAUGCUUGCUUCCCUCUUGCUGUACCGGAAACAGUUCAGUGGAGAACAGAAAACACUGGAGAUGAUGUAUAAGCAGGCUCCUCGUGAGCUGUUACAGCUAAUGUCUCCGCUGAAUCCACUGCCGUCGCAGCUGAGGUUUCUUCGGUAUGUUUCAAGUAGGAGCAGCGUUGUUGGUUCACAGUGGCCGCCGCUAGACCGGGCGCUUACGUUAGACUGUAUCAAUCUUAAACUGAUCCCUGAUUUUGAUGGUGAGGGUGGAUGCCGACCAAUAUUUAGAAUAUACGGUCAGGAUCCGUUUAUGGCUUCUGACCGGACUUCGAAAGUCCUUUUCUCGAUGCCUAAAAGAAGCAAAGCUGUUAAGCAUUAUAAGCAGGCAGAUUGUGAGCUGGUAAAGAUUGACAUUCAUUGCCAUAUUCUCGGUGAUGUCGUGCUUGAGUGCAUUACCUUAGAUAGUGAUCAUGAGAGGGAAGAGAUGAUGUUUCGUGUUGUGUUCAAUACUGCGUUUCUUAGAUCAAACACUCUUCUACUUAACCGUGAUGACAUUGAUGUACUGUGGAACACAACAGAUCGGUUUCCCAAAGAUUUCAGAGCAGAGGUUAUAUUUUCUGAGAUGGGGGCUGGUAACAAUCUUGUCUCUGUUGAUAUGGAAGAGGAAGAUGGUUUGCCUAUGGAAGCAUUUGCAAAGGUUCAGGAGAUUUUUAGUGAUGGAGAGUGGUUGGAUCCAAAUUCUGAUGUGGCUGUGACUGUUUUUAACCAGAUUACAGCAGCAAAUAUCCUUCAAGAGAGCUUGGAUUCAGGUUCCCCUCGGAGCCCUGAUUCACGCAGCCUAUUGGAAUCGGCGCUUGAGAAGGUUAGGGAGAAAACCAAGCUGAUGAUAUCGGAGAAUGUUGCUGUAAGUCCUGAUGCAUUCUCUCCGGUGUGGAAAGAGAAAGACACAGAUUCCUGUCAUAGAUCUUAUGCAGAUCCGAACUCACUCAUUAAGAUGGUCGAUGAACCGAAUGGACUUCGAGUUUCUGUGCAAAGACAAGCUCACUCGAAUAUAAUCUCACCACGGUUGCUCCAAAGUUCAGUAACAUCACCAGUUUUAAAUCGUAGCCCCACACAAGCAUCGUCACCUGCUUCUUCAGUCUCUAGAUUUCACAGCUCCCCCUCUAACCUUGGAAUCACUUCAAUAUUACACGAUCAUGGUCCAGGUAAAGGUGAAGAGGGUGCUUCGUCUUCACCUUCCAUCACGUUUCAACCAACUUUGCACCCACUGAUACUUAAAGCUUCUCCACAACAGUCGUCCACACCUCCCCCUUCAAAUGGCUCUCCCCCAGCAGAAUCAGCUGCGAAGCCACCAACGUUGCCACUGUUGAAGCCACUUAAGAUUUUGUCUCCUCCUCCUCCACCCCCACCUCCUCUGCGUUCCACACUUUCACCAGGUUCCGCCGCCAGUUCAGUAGCAACACAAGGGCCACCUACACCACCUCCACCUCCACCUCCACGUUCUGCACAGCCAUCUUGUCCUCCGCCACCACCGUUACCACCUCCGAAGAAAGUGGUAACCACAUCUAACGCCCCACCUCCUCCACCACCACCUUUGCGUUCUGUUCCUCCUCGAACAGCCCCUCCUGUUCCUCCUCCACCAGCCCCUUCAACUCUGUCUCGUUCUCAAAACGGUGGUUGUAAUGGAAACGUUCCUCCAGUCCCUGGACCACCAUUGGGUUUAAAGGGGCGUGGGAUGUUACAGACGAGUCUUAAAGGUCAGGGUCAGACCAGAAAGGCCAACUUGAAACCGUAUCAUUGGUUGAAGCUUACUAGGGCAUUGCAAGGAAGUUUAUGGGCUGAGGCGCAGCAGACACCUGAUGAAGCUGCUACUGCUCCAGAGUUCGACAUCUCUGAGCUUGAGAAACUCUUCUCAGCAGCGAUUCCUAGUUCUGACAAUGAAAAUAAAGUUGGGAAAUCAGGUCGACGUGGCCGGCCUAAAGUUCAGAAAGUCCAGCUGAUUGAACUCAGACGAGCAUACAACUGUGAGAUCAUGCUCUCUAAAGUUAAAAUACCUUUGCCUGAUUUAAUGAGUUCUGUUCUUGCAUUGGAUGAGUCGGUGAUAGAUGUUGAUCAAGUUGACAAUUUAAUCAAGUUUUGUCCAACAAAAGAAGAAGCAGAAUUGCUCAAGGGCUACACUGGAAAUAAGGAAAACUUGGGACGGUGUGAGCAGUUCUUUUUAGAAUUGCUGAAAGUUCCUCGAGUUGAGACCAAGCUAAGGGUUUUCUCGUACAAGAUCCAGUUCAAUUCCCAGGUUACUGAUCUUAGAAGAGGUUUGAAUAUCAUACAUCAAGCAGCCAACGAGGUUAGAGGCUCCGCUAAACUAAAAAGAAUCAUGCAAACUAUACUUUCCUUGGGGAAUGCCUUGAACCACGGGACUGCAAGGGGCUCAGCUAUUGGAUUUCGCUUGGAUAGUCUUCUGAAACUCACUGACACUAGAUCCCGCAACAGUAAGAUGACUCUGAUGCACUAUCUCUGUAAGGUGCUCGCUGAAAAACUUCCUGAGCUACUUGAUUUUCCUAAAGACCUGGUGAGCUUGGAGGCUGCAACGAAGAUUCAACUAAAAUAUCUAGCAGAGGAGAUGCAAGCAAUUAGGAAAGGGUUGGAGAAAGUUGUACAAGAAUUCACUACAUCUGAAACUGAUGGUCCAGUAUCAAAACACUUUCGCAUGAACUUGAAAGAGUUUCUUAGUUUUGCCGAAGGAGAAGUUAGGUCCUUGGCUUCUCUUUAUUCAACUGUGGGUGGAAGUGCUGAUGCUUUGGCGUUAUAUUUCGGAGAGGAUCCAGCUCGUGUCCCAUUUGAACAAGUUGUAUCCACCCUGCAAAACUUUGUUAGAAUAUUUGUACGGUCACACGAGGAAAACUGCAAGCAAGUCGAGUUUGAAAAGAGAAGAGUACAGAAGGAAGCAGAGAGCGAGAAACUUAAGAAAGGUGUGAGUGAGAACUGAUUCACAACGUCAGAAGGUUCAUGUUCUCUACUCGGUCGACCUCCUUGAGUUGCUGCAUUCGGCAGUCCUGAGAACCAGAAACUACAUGUUACGGCUCCUAGUUCGGGACUUUACCCAUUCUUUGACAUAUAGAGUUAGAGAACUUUCCAUUUAGUUCAUCAUCAGACAAGACAGUGCGUUGGGGAAUCAGUCUUUUAGCUUAGGAGAGGAAACUUUGUUCCUCUGAUAGGUUACAAAACGCAGAUGGAAUCUGGCGUUAUAGCUACUGAAGAAGACAUGAAGAUUAAGCUCUGUGAUAUGAUGGAAAUAGUAUUAGAUAGACUUAAGCAGUAGCUGUUGAGUUCUUCCCUGGUUUAAUGCAGAAAAUGUUACGAUAACUUUUUUUGUGUAUAAGUUUUGGGAGGAAGAAAUGGGGGUGUAAAUAUUGAGUGUGUUUGUGUGUGUGUGUGCUCGUCUUAUCAAGACUUGCAAUCUUACAUCCAAUGAAAUAUUUAGGCUUUCCUACA